AUGUCGGACAGCGAGUCGGACCAAAACACGGCUCAACUCGAGCCGGAGCUACGCGAGAUGAAGCUGGAAGGCGCGACCUCAGGAGGAGCAGGUGAGGGCAAGAGCACCACUCAGGUGAAGGUGGAGGGAGAUUCGCUCGACCGCGCGUCCACGCCUCUCGCCAUACCUCCCAGGCUCAAGACGCGAUCCAAGUCUCAGUCGCCCAUGGCAAAACACGAGCUCAAUACCCCAUCACCCGGCAGCGCCCAUGAAGAGAUCGUGGGGGGAGAUAUUACGCUGAAGAUGGAACCCGGCAAAGCCCCCAAGCUCUCGCGCUCCGCCUCCCAAAAAGUCGUCACUCGCCCACCUCCGCUAUACCUCGACCUCCCCGAUUCGACCGAUGCCGCCAAAGAAACCUUCGUCGUCCUCCCAGAAUGCACCUACGCGAACAAGACCAUCGGCACGACCGACCCUGCGCUCGAAUGCGACUGCCAGGAAGAAUACGACUCCACAACCAAGACCAAUCAUGCCUGUGGCGAAGACUCUGACUGCAUCAACCGCGCGACAAAGAUGGAGUGCCUGGGCGACUGCAGCUGCGGUCGCAAGUGCCAGAACCAGCGCUUUCAACGGAAACAAUACGCAGACGUCACGGUUAUAAAGACGGAGAAGAAGGGCUUCGGUCUUCGCGCCAACAAGAAUAUGGCUCCCGGCGAUUUCGUCUUUGAGUACAUCGGCGAGGUCAUCGACGAGCGCACCUUCCGCCGCCGCAUGGGCCAAUACGAUGAGGAGGGAAUCAAGCACUUCUACUUCAUGUCGCUUACCAAGGGCGAGUUUGUAGAUGCAACGAAAAAGGGCAAUCUUGGUCGCUUCUGCAAUCACUCGUGCAACCCGAACUGUUUCGUCGACAAAUGGGUUGUUGGGGACAAGCUGCGUAUGGGCAUAUUCGUUGAGCGCAACGUUAAAGCGGGCGAAGAACUCGUAUUCAACUACAAUGUCGAUCGCUACGGCGCGGAUCCGCAGCCCUGCUACUGUGGAGAGCCAAACUGCAGUGGUUUUAUCGGCGGAAAGACACAGUCUGACAACGCGACAAACCUCAAUAAUGAUACGAUUGCGGCGCUCGGAAUCGAUGAUGGUGUUGGUUGGGGUACGGCAGUCGCCAAGAAGCCCCGCAAGAAGAAGGCCAGCGAGGAUGACGAGGAAUACAUCAGCGACUUGCAGCCACGCGAGCUUGAAGAGGACGCAGUCAACAAGGUCCUGACAGCUCUGCGCAGCUGCGAAGAGAAAUGGAUUGCUGUCAAACUUCUCAGCCGCAUGCAAACUGACAAUGAGAGAAUCGGCCAUCGCAUUGUCCAAUUCCACGGUUACGAGUUCUUGAAGACAACCUUGAACAAAUGGAAGGAAGAUCACAACGUUGUUUUGCAAAUACUGGAUAUUCUACACAGGCUGCCGCGUAUUACCCGCAACAAGAUCCAAGACUCUGGAAUCGAAGACGCGGUGAGCAAGGUGAAGGACUGCGGAGAGGAACGAGUAGAAGAGGCUGCGAAGAAGCUAUUGACAGCAUGGAGUAAGCUGGAAAUUGGCUACCGGAUACCGCGCUUGAAGAGAGAUCCAAACGCUGGCACGCCAGCUCGAACCGAGAAUCAUUUCGAACGACGCGAGAGAGGCCGUGAGCGAUCUAGGUCUAGGUCAAAGUCGCCGUCUACGAUUGCGCCCAAAGGCCCGUCUGCAGCAAACAUCCCGUCCGGUCCUCGCGGCGUGAUAAAUGCGCCUCGCGGUCCGGCUGGCUUCUUUGCUCCUGCGCGACCCGUCAUGCGACCAAGACCGUUCAACGCCCUUCCCCAGGGUUGGUUCCAAGCAACAGCUGAGAAUGGCUCGACAUAUUUCUACAACUCCAAUGGCGUCACACAAUGGCAACGGCCAACGCAGCCUGCAGAUGCCCCGCCUCCUCCGCCCAACAAAGCUAGAAGUGAUACUCAGCUAUUGCAAGACAUCAUAUCCAGCAUUACCUCGAACGGCACACCCACUGGGCCCUCCGCAUCUACCACCCCACAGCCAGUAGCUAACGAGGAUAUGGAAUCCAGUUCCGGUCGUGAAAAGUGGCGGACCCUGUCAAGAGAAAAACAGGAGAAGGUGUAUGAAGCGACACUUUCACCACACGUCAUGACUGUGACAAGCCAUUAUCGCAAGAAGCUCGAAAAGACGGAGAUCAAGAGACUCAGCAAAGAGGUGGCGCAGAAGCUUGUACGAGGCGACUACAAGUCCGGUCGCGUCAAGGACCCAACAGCCAAGAUCAGUACCAACCACGAGAACACCAUCAAGAAAUACGUAAAAGACUUCAUGGAUAAGGCCGUCAAGAAGAAGGAAGAGCGACAGAGACUCAAGGCCGCACAAGGUGGUUCAAAGUCCGACCUCACCAACGAGUCCCCCAGCACUCCACAAGCACCAAGCGGAGAUGCCAACGACGCCUCUCCCACCGACUCCACAUCCGACCUAAAGCGAAAGAGGGACGAAGAGACGCAAUCCGGCUCACCAAAGCGAACAAGGACAAGUUCUGAAAACCAGGAAUCAGCGCCGCCGCCUCCGCCUCCACCCCCCGCUACCGCCGAUGUCGAAGAGACCCUCACGCCCAUGGACGAAACCUCCACCCUAUCCUUCCCCGACGCAACCGAGCGAAGUACUCUCGGAAACAAGCCAUCCCUCCAACUAGACGGCUACGGCAGCCCCAUGCAACUCGCGACACCUCCGACUAACGGUUCUGGUGAUCAGCGGUCUCGACCCGUCAAUGGAGGAGGCCAACAACAGCGUUCAUAG